AUGGGGGUGGGGGACUCAGAACCAGCCCAAACUAAGCUCAUUUCCUGGUACGACAAUGAAUACGGCUGCAACACCAGGGUUGUGGAACUCAUGGCCUACAAGGAGUCAGAAGUCCUGGACCCCCCACCCCAGCAAGAGAGCAAGAGGGAGGCUCUCGCAGCCCCAGAGCCCCAGAGUAAUUUGAAAGUGGUCCUUUGGAAGAAAAAAAUGGAGUCCAACACCACAACACCACAAGUGGAAGCAGCUGCUUCCAGAGUGUACCCUCAGUUGCAAUCCAAAGGUGGCAUUGAGUUCCUCCUCUACAACAGCAUCUUGAAUCUCUAUGGUCACAAGCCUCCCCUGCCGCGCCUCCCCACCCCUCAAAGUAUUGGACGUAUUUCGGGACAACAAUCCAGUCUUACGAGACAGACCCCGGGCACUCAACAGGAGCUUAGCUGUGUGUCCCUGGACGGACGUGGCUACCUCGACCUUCCACGGACACUUGUUGCAGGGCGGGCAGAGCUUGGCGGAGCCUAUAGGGCGAGGGGCUCGCCGGCUGCGAGGCUCCCUCCCCGGGCCGCUCGCGCUCCGCCCUACUUGGGUUUAAAGCCCCGCGGGCAGCUGGUGGCGGCGCUACGAGCGCCGAGUGGCGCAAGGAGAUGCGAGAGAGCACCCGCCGCCAGCACCAUGCGCCCCGCGCCCGCGUUGGUCCUGGCCGCGCUCUGCCUGCUGGCGCUGCCUGCCGCCGCUGCCGCCGCCGCCUACUUCGGCUACACCCCUAGUCAAGCAAGGCUCACAGUCCAAGCACAGCAGAAGCUGCUCUCAGGAAACCACCGCAGGGUGCGAGGGUCUAGGGGCAACCUCACUGGCUGGAACAGCAGCCAUGCUCAUCGCCAAGAACUUGCCCCAGUGGGCCUGACUGAAGGGAGAGGACAUGAGCUCUGUCACUUUCACAGCACCGAGCCUUCGGCCACCUCACUCAAAUACUCUGCUCUGACUGUCUGGCCUGUAGAAUGUGGCCUGACCGGUCGUGAGGUCCUGACACCCUUCCCAGGCCCGGGCACAGAGGCAGCCCCGGCACAGGCCGGUGCCCACCUGAAGCAGUGUGACCUGCUGAAGCUGUCCAGGCGGCAGAAGCAGCUCUGCAGGAGGGAGCCUGGCCUGGCUGAGACCCUGAGGGAUGCCGCACACCUGGGGCUGCUGGAGUGCCAGUUCCAAUUCAGGCAGGAGCGCUGGAACUGCAGCUUGGAGGGGAGGACCGGCCUGCUCCAGAGAGGCUUCAAAGAGACGGCCUUCCUGUAUGCAGUGUCUGCGGCUGCCCUCACGCACGCGCUGGCCAGGGCCUGCAGUGCUGGGCGCAUGGAGCGCUGUACCUGUGAUGACUCCCCAGGCCUGGAGAGCCGGCAGGCCUGGCAGUGGGGCGUGUGUGGUGACAAUCUGAAGUACAGCACCAAGUUCCUCGGCAACUUCCUGGGGCCCAAGAGAGGAAGCAAGGACCUGCGGGCGAGAGCUGACGCCCACAACACCCACGUGGGCAUCAAGGCUGUGAAGAGCGGCCUGAGAACAACCUGCAAGUGCCACGGUGUGUCAGGCUCCUGUGCUGUGCGUACCUGUUGGAAGCAGCUUUCCCCAUUUCGCGAGACGGGCCAGGUGCUGAAGCUACGCUACGACACAGCUGUCAAGGUGUCCAGUGCCACCAAUGAGGCCUUGGGCCGUCUGGAGCUAUGGGCACCCGCUAAGCCAGGUGGGCCCGCCAAGGGCCUAGCACCCCGGCCUGGGGACCUGGUCUACAUGGAAGAUUCUCCCAGCUUCUGCCGACCCAGCAAGUACUCUCCGGGCACAGCAGGCAGGGUGUGUUCUCGGGACUCAAGCUGUAGCAGCCUAUGCUGCGGGCGAGGCUAUGACACCCAGAGCCGCAUGGCGGUUUUCUCCUGCCACUGUCAGGUGCAGUGGUGCUGCUAUGUGGAGUGCCAGCAGUGCGCACGGCAGGAGCUGGUGUAUACCUGCAAGCGUUAG